CUGAAUUACUCAGUGAGCAGCAUCAUGUUCUGGAGAGACGGCUGGCUCCUGUGGUCAGAGAUAUCACAGAUAGUCAUCCUCGUGUGCAAGAAGAAAUGGAGAAUGUGUAUCGAAAGAUCAUUAGCUACAUGCUGCUGAGCUCUGGCCUGGGAUCCCCAACAGAUAUUGAGGUUGUCAGGGAGGUGACAGCUGCCCUGCAGAGUGUAUUCCCCCAGACAGAGAUGAUUACUUUCCUCUCACUCAGUAAGAAGAACAAAGAGCAACAGCUGAAAAAGCUCGCCAUGCUAGUCACAGGAAUUCGGUUGUACAACAAGGAAUGCAGGAAAGGAGGAAGCGGCAUUGAUGACUUGCCAGCCAUUCUGAAUGAAGCCAUUCCGUCAGCUACACGGACUGUCGAUGAAGGUCUUAAUACUUGCCAUACACUAGCCCACCAGUACACAGCUCUGUUGGAAUCCAUGCAGGAAGACCAACGCAGAUAUACACAGCUUAGUUCUUUUAAACUAAAAGAAGCGCUGUUCAACGUGAGACAAUAUGAGGCCUUCCUUUGCAUCCUUCUGUGUGAUGCCAUUACAAGUGCUCAAGAAGUUGAAAAGAUGAAUGUGCAGUUUGCAGCAACAAUGGAGCAGCUGAAAAACACGGUGCAGAAUAAGAUUUCCGUAGAUACCAAAGAAGUUUUUCCUCUCUUUGUUGCACUUUCUAACCUCUGGACCGGCUUUCAGGAUGAGAUACGACUGCUAAGCUUCCUCACAAAUAUGACUAACAACCUCCAACAGUUCUCGGAAAUCCAAUCACAGCUUUUUCCUGAGGAAGUGCUAACAUCUCUUCUGGAAGGAGUGACUGUGAAAAGUGAUGAGGAAAGGAUAAGAGAAACCAUGGGAACCAGAGUGAAUGUUUCUGAUUUCAAGAACCAAGAAUGGCUUUUUCCAGAGACUACGGAUAAUUUUGACCAGUUGCUAAUCCAGUACCAUGGUUUCUGUGCACAUGCAAUUGGUGUGAAAGGCCUCAUCCUCCCAGGAAAUCCUGCUAUUGGAAUUUUGAAGCACAAGGAAAGAUGUUAUGUUUUCAGUUCCAAAGAAGCUGCAUACAUCUUUGCUCAAGAUCCAGAUAAGUUCAUUCAGCUGAACAUAGAAAAAGCAAAAGAACAUGCAGAGCUAAUUCAUCUGCUCGAGCUUCGUCAUCAGUUUGAAUACCUUGCUCCGUAUGCACAGGCCAGAAAUGCAGACAAAUGUUUGACGAAACCAACCGCAAAAUGUGACAGUAGUACUCAAACUGAUACUCAUAUCUUGCCUCCAACUAUUGUGACGUCCUAUGAAUGGAAUGAAUGGGAACUGAGAAGAAAAGCUAUAAAAUUGGCCAAUUUGCGCCGCAAAUUAACUCAUGCCAUGCAGACUGAUCUCAGCCAUAUGAGAAGAGAGAACUCCACCCAAGUGUACUUGCCAAAAGAUGUUAGCACCCAGACCAAGCGUGACAACUCGAGCAGUGUACCCAGACCACAGAUUUUCUUGGAAGGUCUCCGAGGAGGAUCAUCUACUACUACUCAUAUGGUCAAAGUAGACUUAACAAGAGCGGUAGAUGAAACCUAA